GCAUGAAAGGCCUUCGCUGGCGUUACACUCGGCUGCCCAGCCAGGUGGAGGAUGCCCUGUCCGGGGAGGAGGGCGAGGAAGAGGAGGGGAAGGAAGAGGCAGCCCCAGCCCCGACUCCUGAAGACCCCACGGCGCCCCAGCUGACGGAGGCCAGCCAGGUGCUGGGGGCCUCGGAGAUCAGGCAGCUCAGCGGCCACCUCCCCCCGAGAGUCACUGGACACCCCUGGAGUCUGGUCUUCUGCACCUCGAGGGACGGCUUCAGCCUGCGGCGCCUGUACCGGCAGAUGGAGGGUCACAGCGGGCCGGUGCUGCUGGCCCUGAGGGACCAGGACGGGCAGAUGUUCGGCGCCUUCUCCUCCUCAGCCAUCCAGCCCAGCAAAGGCUUCUACGGGACCGGCGAGACGUUCCUCUUCACCUUCUCCCCACAGCUGAAGGUCUUCAGGUGGACGGGAAGCAACUCCUUCUUUGUGAAGGGAGACCCGGACUCACUGAUGAUGGGCAGUGGCAGUGGCCAGUUUGGACUGUGGCUGGAUGGAGACCUACUUCACGGGGGAAGCUACCCCUGUGCGACCUUCAACAACGAGGUGCUGGCCCGACAGGAACAGUUCCGCAUCAGAGAGCUGGAGGCCUGGGUUCUGAGCUGA